CUCGCUAUGGAUUGUAUGUAUCUAUUAAUGUACUUUUCACUCACUCCUCUCGUGUUCUGGGAUCGUAUAAACGCCGCAGAGUCGCAUGAAAACCUCUCUGGGAAGUUAAGUGAAUAUGGUCUUAUCGUGCCGUUCAGCACAGACUCCCACGGCCGGUACAUUUCUCACGUGGUUUCCGCUGCAAGUGGAAGUAAAGGCGCCGCUGCCGCCGCCGCCUCAGCCCCUGGCAGCAGGAGGAGGGUGGCCCGCAGCGCCCCCGAGACACCCUCCGUGACCUCCACAGCUCAGCACUUGUUUUUCAAUGUCACCGUGUUCGGGAAGGAGCUGCACCUUCGCCUGAGGGCCAACAGAAGGCUGGUGGCCCCCGGGGCUUUUGUGGAGUGGCAGGAGGACUUUGAGCAGAAGUCAAAGGAGCUCAUGCAGGGGGACUGUGUUUUCACUGGAGAUGUAACGGACAUGCCGGAAGCCUCGGUGGCCAUCAGCAAUUGCGAUGGACUGGCAGGUCUAAUCCGGACUGAUAAUGGGGAGUUUUUCAUCGAGCCCCUAGAGAAGGGCCAGCAGGAUGUGGAAGUGAAGGGGCGUGUCCACGUGGUCUACCGCAGGUCUGCCAUCAAGCGGGAGCCAGGCCAAAGAAGGGAGGACCUCCACAAUGAAGUGGCGGACUUUGGAAUCGCAGAUCUCCCUGCCGCUCUGGGUCUCGUCGAGCACAAACUGUCUGAAUCAGAGCGCAAACGGAGGCACGCCAAAAAGGACGACUACAACAUUGAGGUGCUGCUGGCCGUGGACGACUCUGUGGUGCGCUUCCAUGGCAAGGAGCAUGUGCAGAAUUACGUACUGACGCUCAUGAACAUAGUUGAUGAAAUAUACCACGACGAGUCUCUGGGAACCAACAUCAACAUUGUCCUUGUACGCAUGAUAAUGGUCGGGUACAGACAGUCUAUAAGCCUGAUUGAGCGUGGCAACCCGUCAAGAAGCCUGGAGCAGGUGUGCCGAUGGGCCAACACGCAGCAACGCCGCGACCCCGAUCACGCUGAGUACCACGACCAUGCCAUCUUCCUCACCAGGCAAGAUUUUGGUCCCGCAGGUAUGCAAGGUUACGCUCCGGUGACGGGGAUGUGCCACCCACUGAGGAGCUGCACCCUGAACCACGAGGACGGCUUCUCCUCGGCGUUCGUGGUUGCUCACGAAACCGGCCAUGUGUUAGGAAUGGAGCAUGAUGGCCAGGGUAAUCGAUGUGCUGAUGAGACCAGCAUGGGCAGUAUCAUGGCCCCGCUGGUGCAAGCAGCUUUCCACCGCUACCACUGGUCACGCUGCAGCAAGCAGGAGCUGAAUCGCUACAUCCACUCUUAUGACUGCCUUCUGGAUGAUCCUUUUGAGCACAAGUGGCCCAGGCUACCCGAACUUCCUGGAAUCAAUUACUCAAUGGACGAGCAGUGUCGCUUUGAUUUUGGAGUGGGCUACAAAAUGUGCACGGCUUUUCGGACCUACGAUCCCUGCAAGCAGUUGUGGUGCAGCCACCCUGAUAACCAGUACUUCUGCAAAACCAAGAAAGGUCCUCCUGUGGAUGGAACCGAGUGUGCACCAGGCAAGUGGUGUUUUAAGGGCCACUGUAUCUGGAGAUCCAGCCAGCAGCCUCAGGGCCAUGACGGGAGCUGGGGCUCAUGGUCUAAGUUUGGCUCUUGCUCCAGGACAUGUGGAGGAGGAGUGCGCUCCCGUAGCAGACAAUGCAAUGACCCUGUACCUGCCUACGGUGGUCGGGAUUGCCCUGGUUCUGCUUUUGACUACCAAAUGUGCAACACAGAGGAGUGUGCCGGACCUUACGAGGACUUCCGCGCUCAGCAGUGCUUUCAGAGGAGCAACAAAUACCACAAUAACAUCAAGCACACCUGGUUACCAUACGAGCACCCAGAUGAGGCCCACAAAUGUGAGUUGAGCUGUCAGUCCAAGGAGACCGGAGAGGUAGUGUUCAUGAACCAGGUGAUGCAUGAUGGGACGCGUUGCAGCUACACAGACCCCUUCAGUGUUUGUGCCCGAGGGGAAUGUCUGCAUGUGGGCUGCGACAAAGAGGUUGGCUCCUACAAGCAAGAGGACAAAUGUGGAGUCUGCGGGGGCGACAACUCCCACUGUCGCACCGUGAAGCUGACCCUCACCAAGACACCCAAAAAAACAGGCUUGUUGAAAAUGUUCGACAUCCCAGUGGGCGCCCGCCACAUUGUUAUCGAAGAGAACGAUACUUCCCCUCACAUUAUUGCUGUUAAGAAUCAAGUCACCGGCAACUUCAUAUUGAACGCAAAAAGCGAAGAUGCAAAGUCGAGGACCUUCAUCGAGAACGGAUUAGAGUGGGAGUACUCAGCCGGCGGCGAGAAGGAGAGCCUGAAAACAGCCGGACCCCUCCACGAAGGCAUCGUGGUGCUGGUGAUUCCCCAGGAGGAGGAUGCUAAGAUUGGCCUGACGUAUAAAUAUAUUAUACACGAAGACCUGUUACCGGUUAUUACCAACAACAAUGUGCUGCUGGCUGAGCUGGACACCUAUGAGUGGGCUCUGAAGAGCUGGUCCCAGUGCUCCAAACCCUGUGGGGGAGGUAUACAGUACACAAAAUAUGGAUGCCGGAGGAAGAGUGACAGCCGCUUGGUUCAUCGCAACUUCUGCGAAACCAGCAAAAAACCCAAACCUAUCCGGAAACGCUGCAACAUCCAUGAGUGCAGCCAGCCCACGUGGGUGGCAGAGGAAUGGAGCCCCUGUAGUAAGACAUGUGGGAAGCUGGGCUACCAGUCCAGGGUGGUGCAGUGUAUGCAGGCCCUGCACAACGGCACCAACAGGCCAGUCCACACCAAGCACUGCACCGAAGAACGUCCAGAGGUGAGACGGGCCUGUAACCACACGGCUUGCCCUGCCCAGUGGAGGACAGGGGCAUGGUCUCAGUGUUCAGUGAGCUGUGGUGAGGGGAUUCAGCAAAGGCAAGUGGUGUGUCGAGCCAGUGACAACAUCAUUGGCCAGUGUGAGGGCUACAAGCCGGAAACUGUCCUCAUCUGCAAACUCAGCCCCUGUCCAGGGCAGUCCUCGGUGCCUCCGCUCGCUGUUGAAAUAGUGGAGAACACCACGCUUAAGGAUGGAAGCAUCCCCAGAGUCCCCGAAAACCCUGUCCACAAAAUCUCCUCAAAUGAGCCAUGUCUGGGUGAUAAAUCAAUAUUCUGUCAAAUGGAAGUACUAGCCCGAUACUGCUCCAUCCCCGGUUACAAUAAGCUGUGUUGUGAGUCCUGCAAUAAGAAAGAGUUGCUUGCGACGCUCACCCCAGACCUUCAGAAGACUGCGCUGGCCUCCGUUGAACCCGAGACAUCCAUUCAGUAUUUCCCCCUGGCCUCAUCCGAGGCUCCCCCGCCCACCACCACCCAGAGCCCACCGCACACCACUAAAGCCACCGGCAGACGGCCUCGCUCCACCGCCCAGGGUCUGACCAUCGCCACGGCCACCACACGAAACCAGGGAUCCCUCGAAGCUUCGCCAUCCGUGGGUGCUGUUCCACCGCCGGGUCCCACCGGCGACCUCUCCCCGACCGCCGCCGGGAUGGGAGACUCAGACCUGGGGCCUCUUCUACCUCCCGGGCCGCCGCGGCCCGCAGCAGACUCUAGCGGCAGUGCCUCGAAAGAGCACGGUCCGAUCAGCACUUUAGCCCCAGCCGCCGCUGCCAGGUCAAAAAGGGACGCUUCAGGAUCCACGAGGGACUCGACUCAUCGAACCCUGUCCAUAGAGACAUGA